AUGUUCGCUGUCUUGGUUGUCAUCAUCCUGGUUGGAGCCAUUCACGCCAUUUUAUCGAGUAGAGGCGGCUUGGGAGGUUCUGAUGCAGUCGUGGAACAACCUGCUCUUUUCGAAGGGACCAGUGAAGGGUCGAUAGUCGAAUCAGAAAGAGCUAACAUUGAGUCUAAGAGUGGCAUAUCCGUCCAUAAUGAUAUACCACAAGAUACUACAUUUGGUAAAGGAGAUCAUGGUGCUCAAGCACUAGUAGGACACCCUGCGUUUAUCGAAGUGCUAAAUCAUGGACACGUCGAAAAAUCUCGAGCCAACAUUCAGAUGAUGUCUCACACUACGAGUGGUUUGUCCAUCAUGACUGUGGUUCCUGACGACUCGACACAAGAUGCUACCUUUGGAAUCAGUUUCCGUACUCCCCUUUCAGACAAUCGUGGUUUGGCCACCAUUACUGAAAACGCGGUGAAGGCUGGAUCCAAGACAUACCCCGUUAGGGACCCCAUAGAUCGACUACUUGCUGGAUCCUUGCAGACACAUUUGGAAACUUGGUCUGAGGUCGAUCGUACCAGUUUCACCUUGGCCUCAAGAAACUUGAAGGAUUUCAAGAACUCCAUGGCAGUCAUGUUAGAUGGUAUCUUUCAUCCGUUAUUGGGGGAGGCUCGCCAUGAAUGGAUCUACCGUCGAGAGGGAUGGAGACUUGAAACCAAGGAUGAUCAAACAACUCUUUACAUUAGUGGUAAUGCCUACAAUCGUGCCCGUGCUGCCCAAAUGUUCCCCGACGUAGCUUUGGAUGAUUUUGUUUACAGCCGGCUUUUCAAGGGACAUACCUAUAGAUACAAUCCCAAGGGAUUGUGGAACGAAAUUCUUUCCGGAGCUCGAGAGCAUAUGAUCAAAUUCUAUAACUCCUAUUACCAACCCUCCAAUGGACGCGUCUUCUGUUAUGGUGCUCCCAAAUAUAUCAAUGCUUGUUUGGACGUUGUUGAUGAGGUUGUCACUCGCAUGUUGAAUGAUCAAGCCAAAAAGACGGAGGAAAACGGAGGUGUUUCUGUCUUGGAGGAAUUGGGCGUCAGUUUGCCGGAAGACUCGAAGGUCGGAUUCAAAAUGCUCAAUACCAUCAGCUCGGUCGAAGAACGCGUUGCCUAUCCCAGCUUUGAAGAAACCUUUGACUUUCGUCUUUCGAUUUCGUGGGUUCUCAACGACAAGCCCAUGGAUCAACGUACCGAAGUAGCCUGGUAUUUGAUUUACGAAAUGUUGAUUGGAUCCUUCGGUGGCGAUCACGUGUCCUAUCUCAAUACCGACCUCCAACAAUGGGUCAUGACCAUGGGAGUCAAUGGGUUGGCCUCGGAAGCCGCGGCGGGUGAGGCCCGCACCAACAUUACAAACAUGCUAGACGAACUUUCUCAAAAUGGUUUUGAUCGCGAGGUCAUGGCGGUUGGAUUAAACAAGGUGGAAUUCAUGUUGCGUGACAUGAACAGUCCCGAUGGUUCUCCACAAGGUGUCGAGAUGUUCAAGAAGGUCAUGUGCAAGUGGAACUACGACUUGGAUCCUACCUUGGCUUUGACUCAUUUGGAAGAGUUCAAAUCUCUUCGAGCCCAAUUAGAAGAUCCGGAUAAUGUUGAGGGAAUGGAAUUCAUUUUGGAAUUGAUGACUAUUGGACUUUCCGAUAACACUGCCCAAGCUAUUGCUACCCUUUAUCCUAGUGCAGAGAUGCAAAGCACUGCAGAACGAAACGAGAUUGCAUGGUUAAAAGAAUCGGACUGGGACAAGAUCACUCGGACCGGGAUUAUGCGUCAAACUGCCGAGCUUCACCGUGUUCAGCAAGAGGGUGACUCCGCAUUGGAUAUCGCCACCAUUCCACGGUUGUCGCCUGAGGAUCUCCCAAAGGAAGCAUCUGAGAUUCCCACCAAGGUUACGGAAGGCGUUUUUGGUUCCGAUCUGACCAUGAUUGAGAACACUGUUCCCGACUCCAACAACAUUGCCUAUGUGGAUUUUACCAUUGAUAUUUCCAACAUGGACUUUAAGGAUGUCAUCCUGCUACCGCUCAUGUGCUAUUUGCUCGUUUGCGCUGGCACCGAACGCCAAUCCGAUGUUGAGAUUCAACAGCAAAUUGACCUUCACACUGGAGGUUUGACCAUCGAACCACUUGUGGAAGCAGUCUACGAGUUCCAAGAGGACCAUGGAUAUAAGGUUGCUAGUGGCAAGCACAUGAUCACCAAGCUUUUGGUCCGCACCUCUUGCUUCGCCGAGAAGGGGUGUGCAGAACUCUUUCACUUGAUCAAGACUGUCAUUUACGACUCGGUGAUUGACGAGCGUGAAAAGGCCACGAACAUUCUUGAUUGGAUUUGGUACGAUACUGCCCAAGAUAUCAAGCGCAAUGGUGGCAUGUACACUACUCAAAGCAUGCUGUCCAGGUACACCUUGCCUGAAUUCAUCCGAGAACAAUGGUUCGGAGUAACCCAAGUGCUCAAGGGUUUUGAACUCGCUGAAGAAGUAAAAGACGACUCUAAAUGGGACCAAUUUGCUACACGACUCUUGAUAGCACACGAUGCAAUCAAGCGUACUCACCACUCUGGACUGGUGCUGAGCAUUACGGGUGACGAAAAGGCUAUCAAGGACAUUACUGAUGCGGCUAAGAUUUUCGUCGAAGACAUGCUUCCGCCUGCUGCUCAAAGGACUCCCUUCCCUGAUUUCGCUAAGGUGGAGCACCCCUGGGUGGUUGAUGGCAACCUGGUAAUGCACCAAGAGGUGGACUUAGUAGACCAAGAGCCUAUCGUCUUUUGGAAUCCAUCUUUGGUGCAUGAUUUUGGUAUGGGAGGAUCCUUGUAUCAACCAGGAGAGCACAUCAGUGGAGCACACAUGGCUGCAAUUCAAUAUGUUAGCAACUUUUUUUUGAAAGAAAAGUUCCGUUUCAGUUUCAAUCUCGGCGCUUCUCAAGUUUGGGCUCAACUGGAUCUGGAUUCUGGGGUUGUGAUCUACCAAAGUGAGGAGACACCAAUCAUCUCUUCGACAAUUGAGAUCUUCUGUAAUGAUGCUGGUUGGUUGCAGAAGCAGUUGGAAGGGCAGGAUAACUUGCCAGUGGAAGCGCAAGCCGCAAUCAUUGCCUCAGUUGGUGACAUCGAUGGCAGUUCCCUUCAGCCGGAUGAAAUUGGCCGCGUCGCUCUUCUUCAGUACUUGAAGCAAGACACCAAGGAAGGAAGACAAAAGUGGCGCGAGGAAGCCUUGCAUGCAACAAAGGAGGAUUUUUUGUUCGUUGCCAACAGACUUGCCAAUUGGGGCGGUGUUAGUUUUUCUGCCGUUACGAAUGAUCGGUUAAUGGAGCACGACGAGAAGCUGAUGGCGGCGGCGGCACAUGCCAUGUGA